GUCUACUUAUGCUUAGAGCAUAUAUACAUGGAGUGCUAGUAUACCCUUGAUACACGUCCGUUUGAUACGGAGCUUUAUUCGAAAUCUCGGUUGAUUAAAGUAAGGUCCGAAAAGUUAAUCCCCAGGAUUUUUUUGUAAUUUUUCUUAUUUUAAGUAACUAGCAUUAGUUCAUCAUUUGUAAAUCAGAAGUAAUCGUUUGUUCCUCUUCCGUUUAUUAAUAAAAAAUUAGACAAAUUUUUACUCUCAACUUAGCUCUCCCCUUGCAGAAAAUGUAACUUUUUUUGCUUUAAAUUAAUCAAUUAUUUUCUAAGAUUCUUUAAGAUUGUGUUCCUGUUCGAGUUUGAGGUGCUUUUUACAAAUGUGGCGUACGAAUGAUCAUGUUGCACAGCAGUUUGUUGAGGUAAAAGAAACGCUGAUUUUAGGCGCUAUAUUGAAACUAAAAUUUUUUCCAUCAAUACGAAGUGUGUAGUAUUUUUUUUUUGCUUGGUGAUGAUUUUGUAUGGACCGUCGUACGGAGGAGUUAACGAAGUUCGAACAGCGUCAUGGCGUACGAAGCAAGGUAUUGAAUUUGCAAGGUCUUCGUGGACAAAAAAUUUUGGGUAAUGAGUGAUCGCUGGUAGGUAUGCGACGUAGGGAAGUGAUAAUUCGCUUUAACUUUGCGGCGAGUUCUUUGGUGUUAAUAGGUUAUUAGCCCGACUUUGAAGAAUUCGGUAGUCUGAGGCAGGCGACCAAUGUACCCUUAAGAGUUCGGUGAAACCGUUCGAUGCAACCAUUCGCCUGAGUGUGGAAUGCCAAAGCUAGCUAUCUAUUGGUUGAAGAUGGCUUCAGCAACAGUUGCUGCAGUGAUGUCUGGUAUUGGAAUUGCCUCAGGCCAUCUAGUGAAGCGAUCAAUAGCAGUGAUAUAGUAUCGGAAUCCUCAGUUGAUUGGUAAUGGUCCAAUGAUGUCAACGUGUAUGUGCUGGGAACGUGUGUCGGGGGUAUGCAUUCUCGUGUCCACUGUGCACAAGCCAGAGAAUGGAACUUCUCCAAUAUAAUACGUCGACGGACGUAUUUUAUUCCCUUCAACAUCGCAGAUAAUUACUCCGUCAGUAAGUGGUAAAUGGACUGGCAGAAUUAAGAGGCCAGUUUUGGAGUCGUUUAAUAAGCUUUGCAAUUCUAAGUCAUUACGCUGUUUAGCGACCAUUACAGUGUAGUCGAGCUCGACUUGGUGAUUGAUUGCGUCAAUUUCCAUUCCGGGGAGGCUUUCUGCAACACUAUUGUCCAGGCCAUGAAUAUAGCGGACAUGAGUGGGGAACUGACUUAUAAAGUUAAGAUGUUUGUGCUGGCGCGAAUCAUAGGAAUGAGAGUAAAUAACAUAUACGAUGUUGAUAACAAGACUUAUUUAAUAAAACUUCACAAAGGUGACGAGAAAAGGUUGCUUCUACUUGAAUCUGGAAUUCGAAUACAUAUUACUAAUUUUGAAUGGCCCAAGAAUAAUAGUCCUUCAGGUUUUAGUAUGAAGUUACGUAAACAUCUGAAAAACAAACGGAUUGAACUUGUGCAGCAAAUGGAAAGAGACAGAAUUAUAAUUUUAAAGUUUGGAAGUGGAGAAGCAGCAUACUCUGUGAUUUUAGAGCUUUUUGAUAGGGGGAACAUUAUUUUAGCAGAUUAUGAAAUGACAAUUGUUUCUGUUUUAAGACCGCACAUUGAAGAAGAUAAAGUUAAGUUUGUAGCUCAUGAAAAGUACCCUGAAAGAAGAGUAAAAGAUAAUACAUUUGAUGCUGACGUGUUAAAGCACAAUUUAGAAAAUAAGAAUAAUCAAUCUUUAAAAAAAGCUCUUCUACCAAUGCUCGAUUAUGGUUUACCUCUUAUUGAACAUGUUCUUAUAAAGUAUAAGUUAGAAGACACGAAAAUUGGAAAAAACUUUGAUAUCAGUAACAAUACUCAUAUUGAAAAUUUAAUGCUAGCACUACAAGAAGCUGAAGAAAUUGUAACUCAAGCGAAAAAUAAACAACAUUCAAAGGGUUAUAUUAUUGUAUCAAAAGAAAGGUCGAUUUUAAAAGAUUCUGCCGAUGAAGAUUCUUUUUGCACCUACAUUGAGUUCCACCCGAUGCUGUUUCGCCAGCACAGUUCUAUGUCUUACCGAGACUUUGAUUCUUUUAACUCGGCUGUUGAUGAAUUUUAUUCUAAAAUGGAAAGUCAGAAAAUAGAAUUACAAACUUUUAAACAAGAACAAGAAGCUUGGAAAAAGUUAGAGAAAAUUAGAGUAGGUUAUUCCAAUAAAGUAGACUUUUUGGAAAAAGAACAAAUGGUUGACAAGCAAAAAGCCGAGCUCAUUACCAGAAAUCGAAAAUUGGUUGACGAUGCUAUAUUAGUUGUUCGAGCGGCAUUGGCUAAUCAGAUAUCAUGGGAUGAAAUUCAGAGUUCUAUAAAUAGUGCAGCUGUACGAGGAGAUGUAGUAGCAAAACAUAUUAAAGGUUUAAAAUUAGAAAUUAAUCAUAUAAGCUUGUAUCUGGAAGAUCCAUAUUCAUUGAGUGACUCAAUUGAUACUACUAACGUUUCUUCUGAAAGUACAGACAUAAUUCCUAAUAUGGUUGUUGAUGUAGAUUUAGGAUUAUCUGCAUUUUCAAACGCUACUAAAUAUUACGAUAAAAAAAGGACAGCAUCCAAGAAACAACAAAAGACCGUGGAAUCACAAGCAAAAGUAAUAAAAUCGGCAGAAAAGAAAAACAGAGAAACAAUUAAAAAGGUUCAGAUGGUAAACAAUAUACAAAAAAUAAGGAAGGCAUUUUGGUUUGAAAAAUUUUUCUGGUUUAUUAGUUCCGAAAACUUUUUAGUAAUUGGAGGAAGAGAUCAGCAACAGAACGAGCUAAUAGUUAAAAGGUACUUGAAGCCAAAAGAUGUAUAUGUGCAUGCAGAUAUUCAUGGAGCAAGCAGUAUUGUAGUUAAGAAUCCUAGUGGUCAGGUAAUUUCUCCUAAAACGCUGAUUGAAGCUGGAACUGCUGCUAUAUGUUACAGUGUUGCUUGGGAUGCAAAAGUUGUUCCGAACGCAUAUUGGGUUUGGGGAGAACAAGUAAGUAAGACAGCUCCCACAGGAGAAUAUCUCUCUACUGGUAGUUUCAUGGUUAGGGGAAAGAAGAACUUUUUACCGCCGUUAAAUUUCAUACUUGGUUUUGGAAUAUUGUUUCGUGUUGAAGAAAAUUGUAUUGAAAAGCAUAAAGGAGAAAGGAAACCUAUUACAAGCGAAGCAGAUUUGACAGAAAUAAAUACUAAUGCUACUUUAGAAGAAAUAGUACAAGAAGAGAAUAAUUUCGAUAAAAGUGAUGGGGAAGAAGUCCAAAAGAAUAUUAACUCGGUAGUACAGGAAACCGAAAGUGAUAACAUGUUAAAUGUAUUGGAAAGCAAUUCAACAUUACAAAACGAAUUCCCGUUAGAGAUGAGUAAUCAAAUAUUAGGGUCUUCAACAGAUCAAAUAACGAAUAUUGAUAAACAAGGUACUGAUAAGAUCACACUUACUACUGAAGACGAAGUAUCGAAAUCUUUAGCAGACGGUAAUUACUUAAAUAAAACAAAUUGUUCAGGAACUCCUGUAGUUAAAGAAAAAGAUAAUAAGAAAAAUGCGAUCAAAAGAGGUCAUAGAGGUAAAAUGAAGAAAAUUUCUGAAAAAUACAAAGAUCAGGACGAAGAAGAACGUAUGCUACGUAUGGAUAUUUUAAAGUCAGCAGGAAACAUUAAGGAAACUAAGAAGAGCAAAAAAGAUAAAUUAUUAAAGAAUGUCCUCAAACAAAGUUCACCUCAUAAAUCUUUACCCUCAAACAUACCCAAAGAAAAAAAUGUACGUGUUUUUGAUGAAGACUUUACUGUUCAAGACAACGUAGAUGCUAUAAACACACUCACUGGAAAACCUUUCUUGGAUGAUGAGCUGUUGUUCGCUGUUCCAGUCGUGGCUCCGUACAACAGUUUAAACGGUUAUAAAUUUAAAAUAAAAAUUACGCCAGGGAAUACAAAGCGUGGAAAAGCUUUAAAAACUGCAAUUAGCAUGUUUCUGAACGAUAAACUGAUUUCAAACCAUGAAAAGAAUUUACUCCAUGUCGUAAAAGAAGAACAAAUAAUUCAAAAUUUUCCAGGAAAGUUAAAGCUUUCAAGUCCAGGAUUAAGUACUAAUAAAAAGUGAAAGUACCUAUAAUAUUGUCUUGUGGCUGCUAAUAAAGAAUUUGUCAAAUUACAA